AUGGCCUUUAGAGAGGCAGAACCGAUCCCAGAAGAAACGACGUCGAAUUCUCUCUUAGCAAACACACGCUGCUGCUUCUGUUUUCCCUGCUUUUCUUCCCGACGAUCCUCCACCGUUGGAUUAUCCUUCUGGGAGCGAGUCCAAUCAUCAUCACAAUCACACGGUGAUGAUCCUCAUCGUACUCGAUGGUGGGCGAAGGGGAUCAUAGCGUUUAAGAAGAUUAGAGAGUGGUCAGAGAUCGUUGCGGGUCCUAGGUGGAAAACGUUCAUUAGAAGAUUUAAUAGAAAUAAAAGCAGUGGCAGUGGUAACGGAAGGCGCCAUGGGAACUUCCAGUAUGAUCCUUUAAGUUACUCGCUAAAUUUUGAUGAAGGGCCGGGAGGACAGAAUGGGAAUUUCGAUGAAUUGGAUGAUUACGGUGGGUUUCGCGAUUUCUCCUCCCGUUACGCAUCCGUUUCGGCUUCUGGUAGGCCGUCGACUAUGGAUGCGUCGAAGAGUAAAGAUGUGGCUGUCAUGGCUUGA